AUGGUUGAGAGUCGGGAAAACACACAUAGUAUCGCAUUUGAUCGAGAAAACGCAAAGCACGAACAAGAGAACGUCACCAGCGUAACAUACGAAUUCGCAUUUGAAGGGCUUUCUCAACUCAAUAAAUCUCUUUAUAGUCCGGUCUUUUCUUCUGGUUGUUCCGGAAAUUCAGUGAACGAACAGCAUUUUUGGCAACUUUGGAUACAGCCUGCAGAAAAUCUCAAGGAAAACGAAGAAUACCUAUCACUUUAUCUAUGUAUAAUCCCUAAUGCAUCUGAGAUCCAAUCAGUUGAACCUUGGCGAGAACGUCUUAAUACAACUGCAAUAGUUUAUCUUCAAGAUCCCAAAACCAAAAAUAAAAUUGGGAGCACCAUUUAUUAUACCAAUAGAAACCUAAGAAAAUUUUCUAUCAGAUGUUCAUACAGAGGUCGGGAAUUUUUUGUGAAACGUUCCGCUCUACCGCAAACAAAAUUAGUCUUGGGCAUCGAAUUUUUAAGUGUCCCGUUUACUGAGACAUAUGUUGUAUGGAAUGAUAAUAAAUGUGUACCGCCAGAUUCAUUGAUCCAAUCAUGGAAAACUGCCAUAAAUAAUCCAAGAAUGGCAGAUGUACUAUUCAAUGUUCAGGGAGAAGUUCUCUGUGCAAAUAAGGACAUUAUAUGUGGACGUAGUGAAUAUUUUAAAACCAUGUUUGCAAGCGGGUGCGUUGAAUCACGCAUGAUCUCCUUAGCAGAAUGUGGUCGAUUAAAGAAACGACAUCGCGAUUCUUCGGGAAAUUGUUGUAAAUCAGUGAUACAGAUCAUUGAUAAUCGAGAAACAAAUAUAGGUAAUUCUUAUGAAGUCAAAGAAAAAAAAGAUGCAAGAAUGCCUAAAAAACAACGACCACAUUCAGAAAUCGGAUCGUCUAAUUUUAGUAACUCUUCAAUUGAUUACGAAAUCAGUACAUUUCCUUCAGGAACAAUUCAUCAUGAUGAUAACAAUAAUACAAGAACGAUUCCGUCACAACAUAAUAAAAAUGAUCAUGAAAUUCCAGAUGCAACAGAUAAAAAUCAGAUCAGUUCAUCGGAAAGAGGAACUUCUUCACGAAACAAUCCUAGAAUAGAUGGUCGGGAGAUUGAAGUAGAUGAUGAUGAUUUUUAUCAGGAAUUUCCUCCAGGUUAUUAUCAUGUUGUCAACAUUACAGAUUGUGAUCCACAAACUUUCUGUACGUUGCUUCACUAUCUUUAUACCAACGAGAUCGACUUUUCAGAGCCGGCUGGAACGGCAAAAAUAACGUCGCUCGUGCAUCUUUUUCGACUGGCUGACAAAUAUCAAAUAACUGAUUUGCGACAACGCACAUUAGCUCGUAUAUACAAAGAAUUGGCGAUAUCCAAUGUGGCCGAAGUACUUUUCAGUUUAGGUCAUCAAUGGAUGGAUUUAAAAAGAGUAUGUAUGGAUUACAUUUUAAAACACUUUACAGCAAUCAGAGAUACAGAAGGAUUUAAUAGAGUAUUCGAUCAUCCUGAAAAGUAUUCCGGAUUCAGCGAAAUUGCCAGGGAACUUUUCAGAAGGUUAAAAACUUCGGAAGAAAAAGAACUAUAA